UAACGCUGAAGCCCCUGCGUCCUUCCCGCGGUUCCAGCUCGAAUCUGCGCGCCAGUCGCUCCCCCUCUGCCAGCCGCAGCACCGAGCAAACUUUGUAACCGUUGAAUGUUAGCCUGCCUAACUAGCUACACUUGCAAAUCAAGCAAACCCAAUCAGAAUCAUUGAUAAACCGAAACACGCGAUUUAAACGCUAUUAACUGCCUGCCACUGCUUCUUAUAGUCCCUGACUCUUUUGUCUCUGUUCUUCUUUGUUGUCUGUCUCUUUCCACGACACAGGCUGUCCAGCUGUCAAUAAAAAAUGAAAUAACUCUUAUACUUAUUCAUCAUCCAUUCGUCAAACAAGCUAAACCAUAAAUCAGCUCAAAAGAUCGGGUCCCUUAAAAUAAUAAUUCGAAUUAAAGAAACAAAGACUAUUUAUAAUCAAACCGAGCAUCUUUAUCAUCUUUAAAUGCACUUUCAAAUCGUGUGAUAAAAUUCAAUUUGUAUAAAAAACCGCAAAUUCAUCGUUAAAAUAAUUUAUUAACAACUUUUAAGAAAUUUUAGUUUAAAAUAAACAAAAUUGUUAGAAACUCUAAAUAAAAAACCUUUGGUUCCAUUACAAAACUAAAACCAACUAAAAAGAAAUAUAUUUGAAAAGAAGCUUAACAAUUCACUUGAUGUCUCACCAACCUAUCGAAAAUGUAAUAAGUAGAAGAAAAUGAAUAUAUAUAAACCAAAAGAGCUAAACCUGAAGAUAUCUCACUACAUCACCAUCCCACCAUACAAUGAUAGUUAAAAAUUGAACAUUUUUGUGCUGCUUGCAACGCGCCUCAUAAUCAACAGCAUAUAAACAAAAGACAAAAACGCAGAUAAGACUUACAAAAUAACCCAAGUCGUACCUUUCUAUGCGCCACAAUUCGCCAGUGUCCCGGGAGCGAGCCAGCGAGGCAGCGGCAGCCACUCAGACAGCAGCAGCCACAGCGGGAGGACCAACUGGGGGAGGAACCGCAGCAGCAACGACAACGGCUGGAGGGGCCACGUCCGGAUCCGGAGCAGCCUCCGCGAACACGAACAGCAAUUCCUCGGCCUCAUCCAGCACAGUGGCAGCUGCACAGGCGGCUGUCUACAGCGGCGGCAACACGGUGACCGGUAGUUUGGGCAGCGCCGGGGUGGUGGCUCGUGGCUUCCGCAGCCACAGUCCCACCCACCGGCGGAGGAGUCGCGAGCGCCAACGGCGCACGCAUGGCUCUGACCAGGGCGGUCUGCUGGCCUACAGCGGUCUCGUUGGCGUCAACGACAUGUCGGAUUUCUUGGGUCCACAGCAAGGUGGAGGAGGCGGCGGCGGCGGUGGCGGUGGAAGCGCAGGCACGGGCAGCGGUCUGGAGGAUUCCCGGCUGUCCGGCAACGAGGACUACUACUCGUCCUUCGUCUCAGACGAGUUCGACAGCAGCAAGAAGGUCCAUCGCCGCUGUCACGAACGCAGCUCCAGCGUGCAGGCCAUCGACCGAUUGAACACGAAGAUCCAAUGCACCAAGGAGUCCAUCCGACAGGAGCAAACUGCCAGAGACGAUAAUGUCAACGAGUAUCUGAAGUUGGCAGCCAGUGCAGACAAGCAGCAGCUGCAGCGCAUCAAGGCUGUCUUUGAGAAAAAGAACCAGAAGAGCGCACACAAUAUCUCGCAGCUGCAGAAAAAGCUGGACAACUACACAAAGCGGGCCAAGGAUUUGCAGAAUCACCAGUUCCAGACGAAGAGCCAGCACCGUCAGCCGCGCGAGGUGCUGCGGGACGUCGGCCAGGGUCUCCGCAACGUGGGAGGCAACAUCCGCGAUGGCAUCACCGGCUUCUCCGGAUCGGUGAUGUCCAAGCCACGGGAGUUUGCGCACCUGAUCAAGAACAAGUUUGGCAGCGCCGACAACAUCAACCAGAUGAGCGAAGCCGAGCUACAGGGCAUGCAAUCUGCCAAUGCCGAUGUUUUGGCCAGCGAGCGCCUGCAGCAAGUGCCUGGAGCCGGAACCUCGACAGGCUCAGGCGGCGGCGGGCAGAACAACAACACCGGCGGAACGGGAAGCGGCACAGGAAAAUUCAACAGUGACAAUGGCAGCGAAUGCAGCAGCGUAACUAGCGAAAGUAUACCAGGAGGGUCUGGUAAAAGCCAGUCGGGAGCCAGCCAAUACCACAUAGUGCUCAAGACAUUGCUAACAGAGCUGGCCGAGCGAAAGGCCGAGAACGAGAAGCUCAAGGAGCGGAUCGAACGACUCGAGACGGGCCAAAAGGAAUUCAACAAUCUGACCGCCACACUCGAAAGUGAACGUUAUCGUGCCGAGGGACUCGAGGAGCAAAUCAAUGACUUGACGGAAUUACAUCAGAAUGAAAUUGAGAAUCUGAAGCAAACGAUUGCCGACAUGGAGGAGAAAGUACAAUACCAAAGCGAUGAAAGACUACGUGACGUCAACGAAGUGCUCGAGAACUGUCAAACGAGGAUAUCGAAAAUGGAGCACAUGUCGCAGCAACAAUAUGUCACCGUCGAGGGCAUCGACAAUUCGAAUGCGCGGGCCUUGGUUGUGAAACUCAUCAAUGUGGUAUUAACGAUACUGCAAGUGGUGCUCCUGCUUGUGGCCACCGCUGCAGGCAUCAUAAUGCCUUUUCUCAAAACGAGGGUUCGCGUUCUCACAACGUUUUUGUCCAUUUGUUUCGUCAUCUUUGUGAUACGACAGUGGCCGGAUGUUCAGGACAUUGGAUCCGGGCUGGUGCGGCAUCUGAAGCAAUCGCUGGUGGUGAAGUAAACUACGUGGGGUUGGUGGCCACCGUCUCAUCUACCGGGUAGUUGACACGUUCUUUAGUUAUCCUAAGUUCUAAAGUGCAUGUUGUAAAUAGCUUAUCGAUAACGAUUAUAACAAUAAUUUUUAACUGAAAUUGUAUCAAUUAUCAACACGAACACACCCGAGGAACUGUACAAAACAUUCAUACUCCUUAUCACACACCUA